AUCAUUUACUCCGACAGUGUCAUGUGGAUCGGAUUAGGAUGACACCAUUUAUGUGGUGUUUGAAUAUUAAUAACCCUGUGGAGGUGAAUUUAAAAUUAUUGAAGGUUAUGGUUUGCAGGUGGGUUGGAAAUGAUAACAGUUUUAGAGUUAGUCAAAAGUUGGUGCCCUUUAGAGUUGUUGAUGUGUUGAUGAGCUUAGGUUUAGAAAUAGGUGGUUUAGAGAUUCCCUUUGAUGAAGUAGUUGGUGGAUUGGUUGGUCAAAUGUUCAAAUCAAAAACCAUCAGUUUGAAGGACUUGACGGACAUGUUUAAUGUCAUUGUUGAUGAUAAAAACAUUGAUGUUGAUGUAGUGUGUCGGUUAUAUAUAUUAGUUUGUUUGGUUGUUUUCUAUUUCCCUAGGAAAUCAAGGCAUGUUUGUAACAUGCCUUUUGGAGUGUUAGAUGACUUAGACCGUUUGUGUCUAUAUGAUUGGUGCACCGGUGUACAUAAACAUAUUGUAGAGAAUUUAAAUAAAUGUAAGAAGAAAAUUAUGGGAGCAGGUAUCCCCCAGUCAGUCACUCUCAGUGGCAAUGUGGCAGUGUUGCAGGCUUGGGCGGUUGAGAGACUUUCUUUGCAUGGUCAUCCUUCGCACCGGUUUUUCCCGCGCAUAAUGAGGUGGUUCCCGUUUAAAUCAAGGACCGAAAAAAUUGAACAUAUUUUUAUGACCGGAGAUUUAAAAAUGGAGUGGUAUGUACGAAAUGAAGAUCGUCAUAGGCCGGAAAUCCGUGCAGCUUUCAACAUGGAUGACGGAGGAAUGAGUGAAGGAUCCUUGGGUGAAGGAUCCAAGGUUGACAAAGAUGAUGAUGAUGACGAAAGCUCUGAUGACGGGGCAUGGGAAGCAGGUGCAGAGGAGAGAUUAAGGAAAAACAAUGAAGAUAUAAGAGCAUUGAAUGCCAAGAUUGGAGUUCUGGCUAGGGAGUUAUUUGAAAUUUAUCAAACUCUAAUCUUUCAUGAAGCAGAUGCAUGUGGCACUGAUGAAGAGGUUGGGGGUGGAGUUGAUGAAGGACAUGGAGUUGGAGGUGAGGAGAAGGCUGAAGUUGGGGGAGACGAAGAGGUUGAAGUUGGGGAAGACGAAGAGGCUGAAGUUGGGGAAGACGAAGAGGCUGAAGUUCGUCCCGAUUGUGGCUUCGAAGAAGAAGGUGAUGGAAAUGAAGUUGAUGACCCCCUAGGUGCACAUACUGAAGUAAGAGGGGAUGAUGAAACUGUUGGUAACAUUAAUUUUAUUGAAAUAGAUGAUGAUGCUGAUGAAGAAGAACGGGAGGUCGUGCCAUUGGCUAUACCCCCAUUGCGCAGUUUUGUUGGUGAUCCAAGCACUAGUGUUGAUGUAAACCAAUUGUAUACAGCAGUCAGCAUCAGAGAGAUGAACGUACACAGGGUUGUAAGCGAGAUAAUUGGCCAAAGCUUGAGCACGACUUCAAUUUACACUUUGGCCCCAAUGAAAUACGUUGAUAACAUGGUGGUGUUAUUUGCUUGUACGGUCUUUAUGUACUUUGAGAAAAGGUUGUGCGGUGUUGUUAAGAGGAUUCAUUUUAGUCCGUUAUACUCGCACCAUAUUCUUACAGAUUAUAGGAAACGUCCACAGAAUCGCCAUGUAUUCACGCUUCAUAACUAUAACACUUAUUUGCGUUCCGAUCAUUUUGGACUUGAAGAAUUACCCAAGGCGGACUUUUUGUUUCUGCCAUUUGUCCACGAUGAUCAUUGGUGGUGUUAUUCAGUGAAAUUGAGGUCAAUGGAGAUUUUUGUGAUUGAUUCAUUGGGGAAGGGGAUCAGAGACCGCAAAAGGAUAGACACAGCCGUUGCUGAAAAUAUGGCACGGUUUUUUUGCAUCCUGAUAAAUAUACCGGAAGGUAGUAUUGGUCCUUUGACAGUUAAACAAGCAAAUAUCCCAUCCCAACCAAACUUACAUGAUUGUGGAGUAAUAAUGUUGAAAGCAAUGGAAAUCUGGGAUGGAGAUGAAAAAUACAACGGGAAAAGCAUGCCUGAAUAUACAACUGAGGAGCUGCUUGGGAUUAGAAAGAAAUAUGUGUGUGACUGGAUCCUGGACAACGAGAACAUUAGAAGAAUGGAAGCCCUACAGCUAUACGGCAUUGUCUAGGAUUGCUAAGAAAUUAUCAAAUUUUGACAUGUAUAAGAUGUUCAAAUAUGUACCUAAUGUUAUUUGACAAUUUUGACAUGUAUAAGAUGUU